AUGUCUACUGAUUCUGCUGAUCCUUUCUACUGGUUGCGAGUUAUCUUGGCCUCAAAUCGUGGUACUUUGAUGGAACUUGGCAUCUCACCUAUUGUCACAUCCGGUCUGAUUAUGCAGCUGUUGGCUGGUGCUAAGAUCAUUGAAGUUGGUGACACCCCCAAAGAUCGAGCGCUUUUCAAUGGAGCCCAGAAAUUAUUCGGUAUGGUAAUCACUGUCGGACAAGCAAUUGUGUAUGUGAUGUCUGGUCUUUACGGAGAUCCUUCUGAAAUAGGAGCUGGUAUCUGUCUGCUUAUCGUUGUCCAGCUGGUCAUUGCUGGUCUCAUCGUACUAUUGCUCGAUGAGUUGCUCCAGAAGGGAUAUGGUCUUGGAUCUGGAAUUUCCCUCUUUAUUGCCACCAACAUCUGCGAGACUAUCGUAUGGAAGGCAUUCUCACCGGCGACGAUGAAUACUGGACGAGGAACCGAGUUCGAAGGAGCUGUCAUAGCGUUAUUCCAUCUUCUUGCUACUCGCACUGACAAGUUAUUUGAAUCACCACGGAAGGUAUUGCCCUUAUCACAGGUUCGAGCUCUGCGUGAAGCUUUCUAUCGUAACAAUCUGCCGAACUUGAUGAAUCUCAUGGCUACGUUUGUCGUCUUCGGUGUCGUAAUUUACUUCCAAGGCUUCCGUGUUGAUCUUCCCAUAAAAUCGGCUCGCUAUCGCGGGCAGUACAGCAGCUAUCCCAUUAAGCUGUUCUACACUUCCAAUAUCCCAAUCAUUCUGCAGUCGGCACUCGUCUCAAACCUUUACGUUAUCUCACAAAUGCUCGCUGCGAAAUUCGGAGGAAACUUCCUGGUUAACUUGCUUGGAACCUGGUCAGAUGCAUCAGGAAGCUAUCGUAGCUAUCCUACUGGAGGUAUCUGCUAUUACCUCUCUCCGCCAGACACUCUGUCUCACGUGCUUGAGGAUCCUAUCCACUGCAUCAUCUAUAUAAUCUUUAUGCUUGGAUCGUGCGCUUUCUUCUCGAAAACAUGGAUUGAUGUGUCCGGAUCAUCUGCAAAGGACGUAGCGAAGCAGCUGAAAGAGCAACAAAUGGUGAUGCGUGGUCACCGAGAAAAGUCUAUGAUUCACGAGCUCAACAGGUACAUCCCCACGGCUGCCGCAUUCGGCGGUCUUUGCAUCGGUGCUCUAUCCGUAACUGCGGACUUUAUGGGCGCUAUUGGAAGUGGAACUGGUAUCCUUCUUGCAGUAACUAUCAUCUAUCAAUAUUUUGAGAUCUUUGUUAAAGAACAACAAGAAAUGGGAGGCAUGGCUGCCAUGUUCUUCUAA